AUGACAGUCAUGAAUUGGACUGUGCCAUUUGGUGUAGGAGUCCUUGUGUUUAUUAAUCUCGAUAAAAUAUCACUAGGAAAGCCAAGCACCAAUGGAAAACCUGGAGGGGAAAAAUUAAGUACCAAUACAAUGGUCAAUAUUGUAGAUUAUUUUGAAGAAGCUGAGGGAGAUGGUCUGAACAUUAUAUGGGCCCAUGGCGUCAACAGUAAGGAAGAACUAUAUGACGCCCUCAACGAUGACACGAUGAUGUUAGAGGGAGAUAUUGUAUUAGAAGGGAUGGGCACGGAGAACGAAACAGACACGCCCGUAAUGGCGCACCCACCCCUGGUAUACAGCGACAUCACUUUGGCGGAGUGGUUGUAUGGAAUUACCGAGACAGACAAGGGUAUGAAGUUAGACUUUAAAGAUAUAAAUGCUGUAGAUAUCUCCAUGCAGAUGGUAAGAGACAUGGAAGCGAGAAUCCACCAACCACUGUGGGUCAAUGCGGAUAUCGUAGAGGGGCCUAAUUCCAACAAAGAACCGAUUCCACCGGUCGAAUUCAUCACGUCUUGUAACCUGGGGUUUCCGUUCACUGUGAUGUCGCUCGGGUGGACCACGUUCUUUCUGCCGUUUUUGGAUGAUGACAUGUACACUUGGACGAUGAUCUACGACAAUUUACGCUAUAGUUAUCCGCUGAAAAACCCGGUUACCUUCCCAGUCCGAGCAUUGUGGGUGAUAACGUCAUGGCCAAAGUUUAUCUGGUUGUUAGGGUUACGGGAAAGGUUUUCGAUCACUGUUUGGCACGGCACUCUAGACCCCGUGGACGUGAACGGGUUGGUGGCGCUGCGUAAACACGGCGAUGUGAAGCGAAUUUAUUACGACCUACCUGACCGAAUCAGAAAUGAGUUUUUGGAUGCCUUGGAAAAAUAUGAGAACGUUACAGUAGAAACUGAAAAACUAUGGGAGUAUCAUUUGUGGAGGGGUGUAACAACCGGAAUUAGGAGCGACCACGUUUACAUAAGCACGGAAGGAGCCGGACUAUCAGGCUCGCAUCACUGUGGUUUUAUCGAGAGUAGGCGAGAGUAUAUACCGGACCAGGCGUCGAUUGAAAUUAAAGGCCGAGUCCAAUUUGCCCCUAAAGAUGUUCAGAUCACCGCGGGACAAGGGUCUGGACUGGAAGUGUACAUUCGAAGUAGAGGCGUAAGCAACAAGAAUACCGUGGUUGGAGGCGUGAAGUUGUAUAUUGAUCGAGACGGCUCGGUGUACCUGGAACCGAACACUGGAAACGAUGACGUCAGUCAGACGAGACAAUCCGGUACUGUUUCGAGCGUUGAUUGUUACAACUUCAAUAUUAUAGACAGUGGUCCUUCGUACGGUGUAAAAGCAACAAUUACACCAGUUACAUGCAGCGACGGUUUCGGAGGCGAACAAGACGACCAUGAUUCACUUACUCUCAGUUUAGGGUCAUUGACCGAAGAAGAGAAGUACUACGUUGUGUUUACGAAAACUGGCAAAGAAAUGGACGUCGUCUUGGAAGAUGUGCACGUGUUGGAGGAAAUUCUAGAUGUGUCGUCAGCGAUAACCAGUAACAUAUCUGGUUUAUGUUAUUUGAUUUGUUUGGUUUCAAUUUAUUUCUAUUAA